UUGAGCGCCAUUUUUUCCUCCAUAGGAGAAGAAAGGGACAAAAGCUGGACCAAAAAUAACUUCUCUCUGGAAGAGGUUCGCGAACAUCAUCUUUUACAUUUGACCGCGCGCUUCAGACGUGUGUGUGUGUGGACAGAAGAUGCAGCGCGGAUGAGUAUCUGUGUGCACCGCUGGCAGCAGACGCAGCUCACCGACACACAGAGCUGAGGGCCGGUGGAAGUGGAGAUCGUUAGCCCUGUCGGAGGUGGCACAGCGACAACUAACGUUAACCUACACCGAGACAUUAGCCGAGGCUUUGAGGAAUAAUGUAUCAGGUUCCAGUUGGAAAUAUUGAGAAGAUCAGAAAGGCUCGCAAGGCAGUGAAAAACAUCCUGGGAGAGAUUGGUCUGGAAGACUGCCAGAACCUGUUGAAGGAGCUCCAUGAAAACACUGAGAAAAACACAGAUGAAGAUGAGGCCUUUCAGGAAACGGAGUGGUUUGAUUUCACAGAUGGAUUCAACGGCAGGCUUCAGAAAAAGUGGCCUUACCGGUCUCGGUCGCUGUGCUGUAGCCUGUGCAAGUACUCUUCGCAAAACAUCUACAACUUCAGGAGCCACGUCUCCCGCUGCCAUGGAUAUGUGCAGUCAUUCUGUGCGCUGGCGCCCUGCUCUCAGUGCCUCUUCAUCGGACACCCGAAGUAUCUCAAGAAGCACAUGAUGUUCUUCCAUGCCUCCUUUAUACAGCCACAGAGGGAAGUGUCUCAGCCCACCCAUCGUGGAAAUGAGCGGUAUCAGUGUAGAAGAUGUGGAUAUCCAGCCUCCUCUAUCUUUACGAUGAAGAAGCACAUCAUUCUCAAGCACCUAGCCGGUUUGGCUGAACAGUAUAUCGGUUACAGAUCACACCUUCAAGGGAAUACCACUGUCAGGGUGUAUUGCUGCAAGGUGUGCAAGGUGAACACUGGAAAUCUAGACCAAAUGUUGCAUCACAUGCUGGUUGAGCCCUCACACUAUUCAGUCAGCACACAAGUGCAAAGUUUGAUUUAUGAGAACAAGAACUAUACCAUUAGAGCAACACCGAAUGGGAAUGGCGUGUUUGUGACAUUCCCAAGUAUUGCUCCUAAACCACAGCAACCUCAAGUGUUCAACAGUAAGUCCUUGGUUUUACCAAGUAAUGGCCAACCUGCUGGGACUGUGGUGGCGUUACAACAAUUACAAGGAACUACAAACAGUACUGCUACUCUGAUUUGUGCCCCUGGAACCAACCAAGCUUUUCUGCCCCCUCAAGCAUCAGCGCUAGUGCAGCUAGCUAGUGCUGAAGCUAAAGGUUUGCUCCAGCCCGGUGCCACGAUCGCCCUCCGAAGUGCUUUGCCCCAAGGCUCAUCUAUGGUCCAGCUUCCCACAGUGUCUAACGUGUCUCUGAAACAGGCACCUGUGGCUCUAGCUUCUACUCAACCACAACCGACACAACUUACUCCGACGCAGCAAAUCCUCCUUCCAUCAGGACUGCAGGCCAAUGUUGCAGCUGGACCUGGAACUGGAGCUGUAUCCCAGCCUGCUGUGGUCACACAAAAUGCACCAACGAACCAUACGGCCCUACAAGGUACCAUGCUGACGUCACAGUCCCUGCUGAGUCACCUAAUCCCGACUGGCAACAAGAUGAAUGGCAUGCCCACAUACACUUUUGCUCCACUGCAAGUAGCAAUGCCCGUCUCUCAGAGCACAAGUACCCCUCUCAAGUCUGUUGAGCAAACAAGGAACUCCACACCACAAACUAAGAAAUGGAUUACCUGUCCUCUCUGCAAUGAACUUUUCCCCUCUAACGUCUUCGACAUGCAUACAGAGGUCGCUCACCAGGCAAAAUCCACCACAAACAAGUCAGAAAGUGUGGCGGCGCGAGCAGCAUUCUUGAAGAAAAUGCCGGACAAAACUGUUAAAUGCCUAACGUGCAAAAUUCUACUAUCAGAAAAAAGUGUCUUCCAACAUCUGCUGCACGGCCUGAGUUGUUUGUACUGCUCAGCUUUGUUCUUUUCAAUCAAGCAGCUUGCUGAGCAUGUAAAGCAGCACAAUCCCGCAAGCAAGGCGUAUUGUGAUUUCCUGAGGCAGAAGUACAGGGUCUACUCCAAAGGGGUUGGAGGAAUCCUGUUCCCUUACUUUGAUGUCCACACCACCGCACCAAAAGAGGUCCUAGGAGACACCGAGGUCAACCUGGCCCUAGUCACAAACUCCCUUGACCUGAUCUUCUUCAAGUUGCAGCCGAGCAGCCAGCCAGAAAUCUGUGCAGCACCUGUGAAAAUCAACAGCUCAUACUGUCCCUUCUGUGACGAAAAGUUUCAGAAUGAAUCCAAACACCUUCAGCACCUGAAGCAAAAACACUUUGUAGCACCCACCAUUCAUGCUAUCCUCAAGACAGAGGCCUUUAAGUGCAUAUACUGCAAUGGUGUGUACACAGGAAAGGUCACCCAGCAGGCUGUGAUGCUCCACAUUCAGCGAUGCCGGUGUUCACCAAAACAGCCACAGCCACCUAAACCUACAGCACCACCACCACCACCACCACCACCACCACCACCAGCACCACUGCAGCCACCAAAACCAGCUCAGCAGAUCAGUCAGCCACUCUACUUUCUCCAAAUGCCGCAAGGGCUGACUAUGAAACAAACUUUAGCUCCGGCUCGUUUGAUUGCAGCUCCACCACCCCGUGUAGAGACUCCAGAGACAGAAGCAGAGCUGCAGUCUAAGAAGAGGCUGGAGGCAGCAUGGAGGGAGGUGAUGGAGGCCAACAAACGAGAGCGAGAACAAAGGGCAGCCAUGCGCAAGAAGCGAGAGCAGGAGAAGUUGGUGCCCCCACCAGAGCCUGUGGUUCAGCUCGAUCCCACAGUGAAGCUGAUGUUGGAGCCAACCUCCGCAGAGCGCCGCAACAGCGAGGAGCGCAGAGACUUCAUAUCUAAAUACUUCAACCUGAACCCUUACGCGACCAAACCCGAGACUGAAGAGCUGUGCAAGAGGCUGUCUCUCACCAAAGCGGAGUUGGCGGCCCACUUCAGCAAGAAGCGCAGCAAGUGCAUGAAGAGUCUCAAAAAGAACACAGCUGCUAUUCUCCUCGGCUUCAACAUGACAGAACUGAGCAAAGUCAAGCACAAUCUCAUAAUCCCUGAACAGGAGCCACCUGCCGAUCCCACAGAGCAGUCAUCCGAUGAUACCUCAGAAGAGCUGGCUGACGAUAUCACGGAGCAGCCACCCUCUGAUCCAAUAAAACAGCCACCCCCCAAUUCAUCAGAGCACCCGCGUGCUGAUGCAACAGAGCAGAUGGAAAAUGGUGAGGACGGACCAGAACCGAUGGAUGAAAGUGGAAAUGAGAAAGUUGCCGAUGGGGAACAGGUGGAGCAGAUGGAAAGUUAAAAAGCAAAUAAUGCAAUCGCAGAUGUCCCUGAUUGAAAACCAAGAUACUCUACUGAUGGCCUUUUGUGUUGAUAGUCACUAGAGGAGCUCAUCCUGCAGUGCAUACAAUGUAUUACCUAAUAUACAAGUUACUUGUAAGUGAGGGCAGUCUCUUAAAGUAGCCCACAUCAAUAGUGCUUUGUUUGACUCCAGUAUGUUGUCAGUGGUCCAUAUCCAAAUUUCCAUAUAAACACAGAGAAAAUGAUAAUAAAAGAAAACAGAUGUGUCGUCUUUUAGAUAUGAUGGUGUCAAACCGUUGAGCUGCUGGUUACAAUCUCUCAUUCAACAAUGGCUACUGACUUCAACUCAAGCACUGAUUUGCUCCUGGUAGCUGAUUUUCUUUUUUGCACCCUUUAUUUAAGCCCAUUUGUACAAAAUUGGGAUUCCUACAUCUUUUCUUGUUUGCUUAUAUCAAGACUUAAGUACACGCUUUAACUUACACUUAGAUUAUCAUUAUAUUAUACUUUCCUUUUUGUAAAUUGAUUUGUUUUUUACAUAUUUGGACCUAUUUGUGUCAUGUUCACAGCUUUGUUAUUUUGCUUUGUUUUUUUCUACCUUUCAGAUUGUUCACACCACUCCUCCCCUCCCUACAUUUAAAUCGGUUAACGGUAAAAUGUUUUAAUGCUCAUCAACUCCUGCAGAAGGUUAACGUACAUCUUUCCGCUUCAAGCCAAAUUCUUAAGAAUGUACAAAUGUUUGAGUUGUAAGGUUGCUGAAUUCUCAAUGGACUCUUGGUUUUCAUACAUCUCCGACCAUACUUGCAUGAGCCUUUGUUUUGACGUCAGAUGAAAUUAUGAUUUGUGCCAUUGUGAAGUCUACAUAUUUGCAUAGACUUUUGGACAUUUACCUAGAGAUUUGACAAAAUAUAAAACAAGUUAUUGGGUGUUCACCAUAUAUCUGUUUUUUUUGUACUACACUUGUAUUUUCUAUAAUUCCUAGAGGAUCAAAUGUUGGGAGAGGUACUAAUUAUCAUUCUGUCCAAGGCCACUGUGUUGUAACAAAUAAAGUGGUUUCCUUUUACGUAAAUGAUCAGCGAUUUUUAUUUUUAUUUCUUAAUAAAACCUAUAAUUUAAAAUCUUUGUUAAAGUA